UUUCUAUAUCUAUUUUCUUUCUAGGGUUUGAUAGAUACGACCAAAUCAGAUCAGAUUAAGAAAAAACAAACAAACAAUCAGAUCUGAUUGAAAGAAAGAAAGAAAUGUCGAUGAGGCAAGCGUUCAAUGAAAUGAAAGGAAUGAAAGUAAAAGAAGCAACGAAACUUAUGAGAGAAAAGGCAACAGUAAGCAACGCAAAGAAUUUCAUUCAGAGGAGUUUGGAUAAUUAUCAUGCUAAAUAUAUCGUAACGGAUUCCGUUACUCCCGUUUAUCAUGUUUGUUUUGGUGGUAUGAUCUUUUCUUACCUCGUUGCUCUUCCUGAGGAGCGUCGUCAUCUUGCCAAACAUGCCGCUGAAGCCCAUGCCCAUUGAGUGGACCAGGUUACCGGAGGAUUGUGAUAACUAAAGUCUGGUUCUCAAAUGUUUCGUUUUUUAAAGGUAGAUGGUUGCAAGGAAUUUGCCCAAAAUAAAUAAAUUUCAGUUUGUUUUUUUUGUUUGUGUGAAGAAUACACAUAUUGGGCGCUACUCUAACCAUUUAAACCUUUCUAUUAUUGGUGUUUAUUA